CUUGUCAAAACCAAAUUAUUGUUAAAAUAAUGGCCACUCCAAGUUGUUCUUCCUCUUACUUUUUGUUCUUCUCUUCUUCUUUUCUUCUCAUUUUGCUUUCAUUCUCUUUGGAGAAAAGCCAUGCUUUGGAAGGAAGAAAAACCAUAGAAUCCCAUUUCCAUACUCUCGAGCUCAGCUCUCUGCUUCCUUCCUCUUCUUGCAACCCGGCUAGAAAAGGUAAAACAGGAGGGGCAUCAUUGGAAAUCGUCAACAGGCAUGGCCCAUGUUCUCAACUAAACCAAAAGGGAGCAAAAAAAGCCCCAACCCUCACAGAAAUCUUGGCCCACGAUCAAGCCCGAGUAGACUCAAUCCAAGCCCGCAUCACAGCCCAAAACUACGACCUCUUCAGAAAGAAAGACAAAUCUUCCAACAAGAAGUCCAAGAGAGUAAAAGACUCAAAGGCAAAUCUCCCGGCCCAGCCCGGUAAUGCUCUCGGCACUGGAAAUUACAUUGUUACCCUCGGAAUUGGUACCCCAAAAAAGGACCUUUCCCUCGUUUUCGACACAGGUAGUGACCUAACAUGGACACAAUGCCAACCAUGUGUUAAAUCUUGUUACGCUCAACAACAACCAAUUUUCAACCCAUCAUUAUCUACGACAUAUUCCAACAUUUCCUGUAGCGACACUGCUUGUUCGGGUCUUAAAUCUGCUACUGGAAACAACCCGGGUUGCUCUUCUUCUAAAUGCAUUUACGGCCUCCAGUACGGUGACUCGUCAUUCUCCAUUGGAUUCUUCGCUAAAGACAAGUUAACUUUAACACCAAAUGAUGUGUUUGAUGGGUUUAUGUUCGGUUGUGGACAAAACAACAAAGGGUUAUUCGGUAAAACCGCAGGGUUAAUCGGGUUAGGCCGCGACCCAUUAUCCAUUGUUUCACAAACAGCUCAGAAAUUCGGGAAAUACUUCUCUUAUUGCCUUCCAACUAGGAGAGGGUCAAAUGGUCAUUUAACCUUCGGUAAAAACACGGGGGUAAAAUCAACCAUCCAGUUCACACAAUUCGUUCCUUCACAAGGAGCAUCAUUUUACUUCAUUGAUGUGUUAGGUAUUACCGUUGGUGGGAAAGCGUUAUCGAUAAGUCCAAUGGUAUUUAAGAAUGCCGGAACAAUUAUAGAUUCUGGUACGGUAAUUACCAGAUUACCCUCAACAGCGUACGAUAAUUUGCGGUCAACUUUCCGGCAAUUCAUGACCAAGUACCCCAGGGCACCGGACCUAUCUUUGCUUGACACAUGUUAUGAUUUAAGCAACAACACUUCCAUUAGUAUUCCGAAAAUCAGUUUCAACUUCAAUGGUAAAACUAAUGUGAACUUGGACCCAAAUGGUAUUUUUAUAGCAAAUGGUGCUUCUCAGGUUUGCUUGGCUUUUGCUGGAAAUGGAGAUGAUGAUAGUAUUGGAAUUUUUGGGAAUAUACAACAACAGACAUUGGAGAUUGUGUAUGAUGUUGCUGGUGAGAAAUUAGGAUUCGGUUAUGGGGGAUGUUCUUAAAGUUUUAUUGAAUUUUAGUAAUUAAAUCGUAAUACUGCAGUUGGGGAAAAAAAAUUGCAAUACUGCAAAAGUACUGGAAAAUGUAUACCGAUUUAUAGUUUAUGAAAAAGUAAUCUUGGAUAAAUAGUUGCAAGCUAAUUGUACAGUAAUAGCAUGUACUACUUGCUAUUGCUACAAAAUGAGUACUUGAGUACUUGGUUUACUUUUUCA